AUGGAAAAUGGUAAUCAAACUGGAGGAGAUUAUUGUGGUCAAGAGAGACUAACGUACAGGGGUGGCGAAUCUGCCAGAUCUGCAGCGAUAAAAAUUAAUAGUGUACACGGUGCACAUACUAUCAGUGUAAGGACUGCCCAGAAAUGGUGUAAACAAUUUAAAGUUGGAGAAAGCAGCAUUUAUGAUGAACCCCGAUCAGGGCGACCUGCUAAUCUUGAUAACGACGUUCUUAAAAAUCUUGUGGAGUCAGAGCCACGAUUAACAGUGGAUCAAAUCGCAGAAAGGAUGGAUUCGUCUCAUGGAACAGUCUUUCAUCAUUUAAAGGAGACUCGGAAAGUAUCCAAGCUUGGAAAGUGGGUACCCGCAUGA